UGAUGUGAGGCAAACUGGGGGUGUGUCACUUGUGUGGCAGCGUUCGACAGUGUGGCAAGCACUUCACUAGAAAUAUGUCUAUGAGUAAACAAAAACGUAAUAGUCAAGAUGUGGCCAAGAAUAUCUAUCGUGAAACAUUGGAUAGUGUGUGUAAGGCAAGAUACUUGAACAAAUUAAAGGUAAUUGCUGGAAUAGAUCCAUACGAGAUAGAAAAAGGCGACUGGAGUAAGGACAUAUCAGAAUGGCCCGAGGUGACUUACCCGGAUAUUGUCAACUAUUUGGUGUUUAAUCAGAGUGCAUACACACUGCAGGAACUAAAAGCAUACAAGUCUCUAGAGUCAUAUAAUUAUUUUGUUAGUGGCUGGGUGCUUGAUAUAGGACACUUAAUAGUGAGUGAUAAGUGCGUCAUCUCUGGAAGAGUAAAGCAUUCCCAACGAAUGAACGAUACGUGUCUGGUGCCAUGGUUAAUUUGCGAAAAAGAGGGGACUGUGCUUUCUGGACACUGCACGUGCAUGGCAGGAAUAGGGGAAGUAUGUUCCCAUGUAGGUGCUCUGCUAUUUGCUGUCGAGGCUGCUGUGAAAAUAAGAAAUUCGAGGACUGUCACAGAAGAGAAAUGUUAUUGGUUGCCGUCUGCAGUGACUAAGGUUCAGUACAAGACAAUUCAGGAAAUUGACUUUACCUCGGCGAAGAUGAUGAAGAAACAGUUGGAUAGUGUGGUUAGUGGAUCACCAGUAACACCCAGCGCGAAACCGAAGAAAUUACCUGCUGUGAACGAGCCUACCGCAGCAGAACUAUCAGAACUCUUUUCUGCCCUUGACGCUUCGGUACGGAAGCCUGUGUUGUUAGCACUAGUGCCAGGCUUUGCGAGUAAGUUCAAACCGAAGGCAUUGAACAAAAAGUACCCUAAAGUGUUGUCUGAACUAUACAUUGAAAACUGUGGUUUGGUCGACAACAACACACUGACUGGACAAUGUGACGAAGUUUUCCGUGAAUUAAGUGUGAGGCCGGAAGAAUGUGAAAACUGUGAGAAUGACACGCGAGGACAGUCUACCAGCAAACAGUGGUUUAGUUUUAGGGCUGGUAGAAUAACGGCUUCAAUGGUUAAGGCUGUUUGUCGCACACCUCUACAAAAUCCAUCUAAGAGUUUGAUAAAAAACAUCUGCUAUCCUGGAUCAAAAAAAUUCUAUUCGCUGCAAACACAGUGGGGCUGUGACCAUGAGAGUGAUGCAAAAAAACAGUACAUCGAAACCGCGAGGACAAAUCACAAGAACUUUGUCUGGCGUGACAGCGGCUUGGUAAUCCAUCCAAGCUAUCCCUACAUGGGAGCCACACCUGAUGGCAUUGGUGCGUGUGACUGUUGUGGUGAAUUUGUGAUCGAAAUCAAGUGUCCUUACUGCGAGAGAAAUUCAGCUAAGAUAUCUACAGCUAUUGAUUGCCUCGAAACUCACGAUGGAACGCUACGUCUAAAGCGGUCACACAGCUACUACUACCAGGUGCAGUGCCAGUUGCUAAUGUGCAACAAGAAGUUUUGUGACUUUGUUGUUUGGACAACGAGAGACUUCUUCUGUGAGCGAAUUGUAAUUGACUCUAAGUUCUGUCACGAAAUGGUUGAAAAAUCGAAAAACUUCUUCAAAUCUGCUGUUUUACCAGAACUGGUUGGUAAAUAUUUUUCAAAUCCAUUGGAUUCGGUUCCUUUGGCUGUUUGCACCAAUAAUUCACCUGAUACAAUGAUUGAUGCAUGUCAACCAAACACACAGUCAGUAGAAUCAGUGGAAGUUAUCUGUGUAUGUAAAAAAGUGUACAAGGAGGGUGACGAUGUCAUAGGGUGUGACAAUGAGAACUGUCCAUAUGUAUGGCUUCAUUUUAAAUGUGUGAGAAUUAAACGGGCCCCAAAAGGAUCUUGGUUUUGCCCAGAGUGUCGAAAGCUUCCGCAGUACAAGAAAGUAAAACAGUAAAAACGUAGUAAACACCAUAUCAGGAGCCAUAUCAAUACGUUGUGUAGUUUGUAUACGUUGUGGUGUCUGCUGAUUUUUGACAUAUGGAAAUAUGUAGCCUUAGGCUUAUAGUUAUAAGUUAUAGUUACAGUAUAAGUUCUUGUGAGUUUACAUUCAUUAGUUGAACACCCGUCACACUCGUGGUCUAUUGCACACGUCCUGCACUAUUGUCAAUUCGACUGUUGCUUUCACAGCGUUCAAGGUUGACACCUAUUGUUAGGCUUAUAAUAACAAGACUUACUGGUAUACUACUAGUACUAGUACCUAGCACCUAUCUCAGAGCAAUAACCAGUUUGUGAUUGAAUGCAUGGG